UUGGCGGGAACCACUAAAGAAAAAAUCCCCAAAACUCGGAGGAAGAACACUUAUUUCAUGUUCAUACAUCCAAUCUUUCUGUAUCCUUCUUUCAUCAAUGGAGUCAGAUAGUGAUUCUGAUGGUUCUCACAUAUCUGCAACACCUCCAAGAAACCCAACUCCUUCUCCUCCAGCUAAAAAGCUUCCCUCAGAACCCAUUUCAAUUGUCAAACAAAAACCCCCUUUCAAAUCCCUAAAAACCAACCAAAACCCUUCUUCAAACCCCCAAAAAAUCGAGCCGAAACCCUCAGAUAUUCCACAAAUUAAAAACCCAAUUUAUCAAUCGUCAAACUCUACUCCCCUUCCAUGUUUUUCUCCCCCAAUUCAACGACCUAUAUCGAAUGUUCCCGAUAUUUCUUUCCCUAGUCCACUCAUGGCUAAGGCUAAUUCUUGUUACAAAUCAAAGUCUGGUUCUUUCUUAUUGAAGAAAAUUAAUGUAAAUUUUGAUGAUAAUAGUGAAAAAGAUCCCAUUUUACCAUCUGGGGAGGCUUUAAAAUCUGAAAUGGGGGUUAAUUGUGAAGUUGAAAAUGUAAAUUCAGGUAGUUUAAAGAAAAGGGUAUGUAGGAAAAGGGGAAAUUUGAUAGGAAAUGGGUUAGAUAGUGAGUCUAGCUCAAUUAGUGUAGCGCCUAUAAAAAGAACUAAAUGUGUUAGUGAAGGAAAUUUUGUGAAAUUGAAUAUUAAUGGGCGUGGUAAGAGGUUUAAAUUUAAGGGAAAGAACAGGAAUUAUAGUUCAUCUUCAUCAAGAAGAAGUCUUUAUAGGAGUAAAAGAAGAUUGGCUGCUAAAAAUGGGGUUGAAAGUAAUGGAUUAUGUGAUGAAGAAGGUCUAAUUUUGGAAAAUAAUGGAAAACAGAUUAAGGGUGAGAGUACAAAAUUAAGAAUUAAUGCUGGAUUGAUUAAAAAAGCUGUGUUAGAUGUUAGGAAUGACGCUUCUGAUGAAAAUUUGGUGAAUUUGUUAAGGCUUACACAUGGGUAUGAUUCAUUUCGAGACGGGCAGUUGGAAGCUAUUAAAAUGGUGCUUGGUGGUAACUCAACAAUGUUGGUUUUGCCUACUGGUGCUGGAAAAUCACUGUGUUAUCAAUUGCCUGCUAUUAUUUUUCCUGGGAUUACACUAGUUGUAAGCCCCUUAAUGGCAUUGAUGAUUGAUCAGUUAAAACAGCUUCCUUCUGUUGUGAAUGGUGCUUUACUGAGUAGUAGCCAGUCAUUAGAGGAGAUGUCUGAGACUUUAACCUUGCUACAAGAAGGGAGUAUAAAGGUUCUUUUUGUUUCACCAGAGAGGUUUCUUAAUGAAGAGUUCAUGUCAAUCAUUUCCUCUUGCCCAUUGAUAUCACUUGUAGUGAUUGAUGAAGCACAUUGUGUAUCUGAAUGGUCACACAACUUUCGGCCUUCAUACAUGAGGCUAAGGGCGUCUGUACUUCAUGACAAACUAAAAGCUGGAUGCGUUUUGGCAAUGACUGCUACUGCAACUCAAAAAGCACUGCAUGCUGUUAUGCAUGCUUUGGACAUUCCAUCUAUGAAUUUGGUGCAGACUCAUCAUCUGAGAAACAAUCUGCAGUUGUCUGUGUCUAUGAGCGGAAAUAAGAAGGUGAAAGAUUUGAUUGCGAUAAUGAAAUCAUCGCCGUAUUCUGAACUCAAGAGCAUCAUUAUUUACUGCAAAUUUCAGUCAGAGACCGACAUGAUAAGCAAAUGUUUAAACGAUAGCAACAUUCCUGCUAUGAGUUAUCACAGUGGCAUGAUGGCUAAGGAUCGUAGUCGAGUCCAAGCAUUAUUCUGUUCCAACAAGAUCAGAGUGGUUGUUGCAACUGUGGCAUUUGGAAUGGGACUUGACAAAAGUGAUGUUGGAGCCGUCAUUCAUUACAGUUUGCCGGAAAGCUUGGAAGAGUAUGUUCAGGAGAUUGGACGUGCUGGACGUGAUGGGAGGUUAUCAUAUUGUCAUAUGUUCUUUGACGACACCAGUUAUUUUAGGCUACGCAGUCUCAUGUACAGUGAUGGUGUGGACGAAUAUGCGGUGAAUAAACUCCUUGGUGAAGUUUUUAACCAUGACACGGGGAAAAUUCAUUCUCUGAUCAAAGAAUCUGUAUCUCGCAAAUAUGACAUUAAAGAAGAGGUGAUUCUAACAAUAUUAACUCAAUUGGAGUUGGGAGAAGUACAAUACCUGCACCUUCAUCCACAAAUGAAUGUUACUUGCAGCUUAAAUUUUCACAAGACUCCUCCUAUGGACUUAGCUGCCCGAGAUCAUUUGGUUGCCGGAAUUUUGAAUAAAGCAGAAACUAAGCACGGGCUUCAUGUUUUUGACAUCCCCACAGUGGCAAAUGAAAUCGGCUAUACAGUAAAACAGUUUAUAAAUCAGCUGCAGAACCUAAAGUCUAUUGGGGAAAUAACUUAUGAACUGAAGGAUCCAGGGUACUGUUUCACAGUUGUACAUGUUCCUAGGGACUUGUGCUCUUUAGCUACCCAGAUGACAAAAUGGCUGUCGGAAAUUGAAUGCUGUAAGAUUCGUAAAUUAGAUAUGAUGUUCAAUGCUGCAACCUUAGCUGUAAAAUCAUGUGAAAGCAUGAAUGAAUGUGAUGUUUCCCAGAAGUAUCAGCACACAGCCUCUUUGCAAAAGAUCAUUUCCGAAUACUUCAGUGAAGAAACUCUCAUUGAUCCUCCCACAAAGAUCAAGCAAAACAGCCCGUUUCUCCGAGCAGAUAUUAAGGUCUUUCUGCAGAACAACUCAGCAGCUAAACUAACCCCACGUGCAGUUGCAAGAGUAAUGCACGGCAUUGCUAGCCCAGCUUAUCCUUCUGCAGCCUGGUCAAAGACUCAUUUUUGGGGAAGAUAUACGGAUGUGGACUUCAAGGCAAUAAUGGAAGCAGCAAAACUGGAGCUCAUGAACUUUGUAGGGAAGGACAAACCAUAGACCUCAUGAAUCUCAAUUGGUUUGACUAAAUUAAUCAGAAUUUUAUAAGAGGUUCAUAUGUGCCGGUUCUACGAGGAAAACACAUGUAUCGUGUGCAACAGACCCGAAUGAAUGUGUACUGGACUAUAGACAUUCUUUGGUGGCCCGAUGUUUGGUCAUUUUCUGUCGCAAGACUUCGUGGUUGAUCAAGAUAUAGGUAUAUCUAUUACGACACGACUGAUGUGGAAUAUUAUAGCUGCUUCCUUGUCACCUGACUAUCUUAUAAGUAUACUUGUACCGGGAAUACUGUCGUUAUUCGUUAACAUUAUAUUGUAUUUGAUGACCUUUGUGAGGCUGGUAGGUUUGCAGAUGCAUUGAAAAUUGUCCAAAAAAUGAUUUUUCUAAAGCUGCUCUUGCACAGUGUUUUGUCUUCAUAAUAUAUCUAUAAUCUAUAUAUGUAUUAAUAUGUUUUCUUACGCUCUUGCCCGAUUCAUGGAUCACUGGUCAGUCUGGUUC